AUGGACGGCCCCUAUCCCCAGAUUCUUCCGAGGUCUGAUGCGUUCGUUGGCUCUCCUUCAUUGCCGUACCCUCUCGUAUCUCGAGAGCCAUCUCAAGAUAGAAUGAGUCCAAUAAACUCUCAAAGAGCCCGACAACUCCCACAUGGUGCAGCAGUCAUGCCAGCUGAUGUACAGCCGGGAGGAACCCAAAGCUGCUUCUGUGACUACGGUUCUCAGUUGGAGGAAUCCAGCAAUCUGCAAAAUAAUAUACCAGGUCUAUGGGCCGAACAGCCCAUCCAACAUCUCGGAACAGGAAGCAGACAAGCCUCCGUCGGCGCCCCGUGGAGGACAGGAGACGCAUGGGAUCAGUUCCAAGCCCCUGAUUUUUCCGAGAUGGAUGAUGAGUCUGACCUUGACCCUACUAGACCAUCUCAUAAAUUGAAGACUACAGUUAAUGGCUGGUUAGAAGACAUCAAGGCAAAGAUGUUUAGUUGUGGGAGGUCUCGUCGUUGA